GUUUGUCUGUUCAAUUUUACUCGGAGAAGAGACUGGUCAUCUGUGCUUAACAGUACUACAUACAUUUCAUUCUGAUAACUUAUCCAUCAAAAUGGCGCCAACGGGAUUGGCGAUAAUAAUUGGAGCUGGACCUAAUACAGUGAGUGCCACUCAUCAUCUUAUAGAAAUUCUAGCGAUUGUCGAGAUUUCUGUUGUACAAAAAUCGUCCAUCUCCUUCAUAUGUUCUGAAACACAGUGAUUUGAGAUAAGCGAAUCGUUAUUGACACUGUAUCAGGGUACCGGAAUAGCUCGCAUCCUAUCCCACCCCUCACACGGAAACAUGGCCGUAGCCCUUCUCGCACGCAAUCCGGAGAACCUCAAAUCCGUUCAACAAAACCUAUCAAAAACCGCUCCAGGGAGCGUCGUAGAAUCAUUCCCUUCCGACACAUCACCAACUCAGCUACAUUCCGCCUUCCAAUCCAUCCGAGAACACAACUCAUUCAAGGAUCUCAAACUCAAGGUGGCCAUCUACUCCGUCAAACACUCUAGCAAGAAACCCUUCAUGUCCGAAACAUUCGAGGACUUCACAACAAGCAUAGAGCAAUACGUCGGCGGCGCCUUCGCAUUCUCACAAGAGGCACUAAAACUACUCUUCGAACACCACGGCGAGGCGCCACUUUCCGAGACUGGAACGAAAAAAGGAACGAUCAUCUUUACUGGUACAUUAGGAGCUCUGAGAUGCAGUGCAGAGUAUGCCUCAUAUGGAGCGGGUCGAGCAAGUGUUAGGCAAUUGGCUCAAACACUGGCGAGGGAAAUGAGCGCUAAGGGCGUGCAUGUUGUUCAUACGAUUGCUAAUGGUGCUAUUGAGGAUAAAGAUGGUGAAGAUCAGAGAAUCGGGAAAAAGAUGAGUGCGGAUGCUGUGGGGAAGACGUAUCUCUGGCUUGCUGAGCAGGGUCCGGAAUUGUGGACUCAUGAGCUAGAUAUGAGACCUGCUGCUGAGAAGUUUUAA